AUGCUGUCCCGCCUCUGCAUUCUCCUCCCUUUCGCUCUGUCGACCGUCGCUACCGCUUUCGCCGAAGGUCCUCGACGCAUGGUCCACCGGAGUAUAGCAAAACGCACCCACGGCGACGUGCAGCUCUUCAAGCGCUUCGACGGCACGCGAUGGACGUUCUACGACGUUGGCCUAGGCGCCUGCGGACAGACAAAUGUGGCGUCUGAUUAUAUCGUGGCUCUGAACGCGGAGCAAUUCGGCCCUGGCUAUCCUGGACCCAACUGCUUCAAGAGCAUCACCCUGAGCUACAAUGGAAAAACGGCAACCGCGACAAUCAUGGACAGCUGCCCCGGAUGCCCGUACGGCGGCCUCGACCUCUCGCGUGGGCUCUUCCAGCACUUCGCCAGCGAAGACGUCGGCGUCAUCUACGGGUCGUGGUCCUUCAAUGAUGGAAGUGCCGCUACGACCACCACCACGAAGGCUGCUGCUGCCACGACCACCCGCACAACAACAAAGGCAGCGACGACAACCCAGGCUACAACGACCCGUACCUCCCGUGCGGCCGCUGCUACAACGACCAGCCACCACUCUACCACGACUUCGCGUGCAGCUAAUCUUGCCGUCAGCACUAGCAGCCACGCUUCUUCAUCCACCCAUUCGGCGUCGUCAACGCAUGCAAGCUCGAGCUUCGGCUCUUCGUCUACUGUUGCAUCUGCAACCGCGUCCGCGUCUGCCAGUGCCACGGCCGACACAGCUGCUUUAAUCCAGGAAAACCUCGCAGCGAUGAGCGACAUUCUUACAAAGCUUGCUGGGUUGAUUGUGACUGCUGGUCUGGGGACUGAAGAGUCGGAUUGA